AAACUGGCCACACUGUCGCCAGCCAGUCAUCAUAAAUACGAACAGAUUGGAAAACUUACAAGAAUUGCGUAUUAUCUGUGGCAUUACGAGAUCGUACUUUCUAAAAACUAAAACUAGCUUACCGUAACCCCCGUCACAAGCAAACAUGUCGUACGCGUACUUGUUCAAAUACAUCAUUAUCGGAGACACAGGCGUGGGCAAGUCCUGUCUGCUGCUCCAGUUCACGGAUAAGCGAUUCCAGCCGGUGCACGACCUGACCAUUGGCGUGGAGUUCGGAGCACGCAUGAUCACCAUCGACGGCAAGCAAAUCAAGCUGCAAAUCUGGGACACGGCUGGCCAGGAGGCUUUCAGAUCUAUCACACGCUCUUAUUACCGCGGAGCUGCUGGCGCCUUGCUGGUGUACGACAUCACACGACGGGAGACCUUCAACCACCUGACCACCUGGCUUGAGGAUGCGCGUCAGCACUCAAACUCGAACAUGGUCAUCAUGCUGAUAGGCAACAAGAGCGAUUUGGAUUCGCGGCGUGAGGUGAAGAAAGAGGAGGGCGAGGCCUUCGCCCGCGAGCACGGACUGGUCUUCAUGGAGACUUCUGCGCGCACAGCUGCCAACGUAGAGGAGGCUUUCAUCAAUACGGCCAAAGAGAUUUACGAGAAGAUCCAGGAAGGUGUCUUCGACAUCAACAAUGAGGCAAACGGCAUUAAGAUCGGCCAACAGCACUCGCCCACAAACCCGUCGCUGCCAGGAGCCGGAGGAGCAGCUGGAGCAGCAAACAGUGGCUGCUGCUAGGAGUAAACCGCAGAUGCCCGCUUGCAAUUCUGGGAUAGGCGCAGCCGCUUCUGUAAAAGCUACUUUAGUGACUAACUAAUAGAAGGUAGUUGAAGGAACAGAUUUCUUGUUUUCUAUCUCAACCGUAACUAACCACGUAAACAUAGCUACCACUAAACUAGCAAUUGGACACUAAGCUAAAUGUUAAAACCAUUAAGAUCAGACAGUUACAAGAAACACAUGUCCUUGUUCAGCUACGUUUUAAUUUACCAAAAGAAACCAAAAGGAAGAAGAAACCAGAAAUAAACCAAAACCAACCACAUUUGUGUACGUGAAUGUCGUGCGUAAUUUCUAAAUUUUAUAAAGUUUAUUGAAACAUUUUUAAAUGUUUUAUGCAUGUAUUUUGUGUAUAUUGAAGUUAGUUUGCUAGUUACUUCGUGUAAAAUCGAUAGUUAUACAUUGGGAUUUUGACAAAAUGAUGUGUAAUAUAUGAACAAAAAUCAAA